AUGCCUGGAGUGGAUGUUACGCAGUACGAAGAAUUCGAACGGGUCAGCAGCACAUUGGUGAGGCAAGCACCGCAUAUCGACUCCUCUCACGACCCCGCCCCAGUCCUCCACAUAACGAAUUACUACAACGGCCACUUCUAUAAGAAUCUGACCAUCACCAGCUCCGACGGAGCGCACAAUACGUUUGGUGACUUGGGGAGAAUGUGUAAGUUAUCAUCACUUCGUUCUUAUUUUCGCGAACGGCGGCGGGGGCCUCCGACCAGUAUGGACAUGCGCCCGGACAUUGAGAUCGUGUUCCUGAUAAUGCAUCACACAGCCAAUCGCCCCCAGUCUAGGGUCAACGGUCAUAAAACGAAAGCACCGUCCAUUCGAUCUUCUGCUCUCGAGCCAGCGGCACCAGAAUUGAGAUCCGUGCCUAGCGCAAGAAUCGAGCCUGACAGUAUGGAAGGGUCCGAUGAAGAUACAUCAUACGAUAAGCGCGAGUUAGGGUGGUUCGAACCGGGUCGCUUGUUCAAGGUAUCGAAAGAAGGAGACCCGCUCCAUCUCAAACAAUUCAUACUUUUGGGUACUAGGAACAGCGAAGGACCUUGCUUAUCAGUCGUCACUUACGAUGACGGCGAUCCAAAGCUCAGCACUGGCAACUUCUUUAGAUCGCACGUCCAGGUGAAGGAACAUGAAGAAGAGAACGGUAGCGAGAUUUCCGACUCGCGACGCCGGAUAGUCCACCUGGACGAAUAUGAGCAGCGGGAAGUGGUCGACAACACCUACAUUGUGCUGGACUAUUCCAUCAGCAUUCCUUUCGAAGGCUUAAGAUGUCAAGAUCGUGGCGAGCUUGCCCGUGGCUGUUUGAGAGACGUGCGAAAGUACUAUGUGGAGUGGUUGAAGUACUACUGGGAGAUGGACUGA